AGCGUCCUUCCCAGAAUGCAGCACAGCGGCCUCCCCGUCCCUCCUUCUCCUUUCUCCGCUCCUCCUACUUAUCUACCCAGCGUCACCCGGGAGGACCAGAGGUUGGCAUCCCGAGGGUUGAGUUCGGGUGGCGGCGCCGGGCGCAGCGCAGGGGUCACGGCGACGGCGGCAGCGGCUGACGGCUGGAAGGGCAGGCUUCCUUCGCCGCUUGUCCUCCUUCCCCGGUCCGCUCGGUGUCAGGCGCGGCGGCUGCGGCGGCGCGGCGGGCGGACUUCAUCCCUUCUCCAGCUCCCUCCUGCACCGGAGCGGGCACUCUUUCUUUCGAUAUCCCCUAACCCCUCACCUCGGGGACUGGGCGCCUCCUCUGGCACAGCUCGGGGAGCGGGGGCCGGUCUCCUGCUCCACUGUCGCGCCUCCAUGUCGGAUAACCAGAGCUGGAACUCCUCGGGCUCGGAGGAGGAUCCGGAGACGGAGUCCGGGCCGCCUGUGGAGCGCUGCGGGGUCCUUAGCAAGUGGACAAACUACAUUCAUGGGUGGCAGGAUCGUUGGGUAGUUUUGAAAAAUAAUACUCUGAGUUACUACAAAUCUGAAGAUGAGACAGAAUAUGGCUGCAGAGGAUCCAUCUGUCUUAGUAAGGCUGUCAUCACGCCUCAUGAUUUUGAUGAAUGUCGAUUUGAUAUUAGUGUAAAUGAUAGCGUUUGGUAUCUUCGUGCUCAGGAUCCAGAUCACAGACAGCAGUGGAUAGAUGCCAUUGAACAGCACAAGACUGAAUCUGGAUAUGGAUCUGAAUCAAGCUUGCGUCGACAUGGCUCAAUGGUGUCACUGGUGUCUGGAGCAAGUGGCUAUUCUGCAACAUCCACCUCUUCAUUCAAGAAAGGCCACAGUUUACGUGAGAAAUUGGCUGAAAUGGAAACCUUUAGAGAUAUCCUAUGUAGACAAGUUGAUACUCUACAGAAGUACUUUGAUGCCUGUGCUGAUGCUGUCUCCAAGGAUGAACUUCAAAGGGAUAAAGUGGUAGAAGAUGAUGAAGAUGACUUUCCUACAACACGUUCUGAUGGAGACUUCUUGCAUAACACCAAUGGCAGUAAGGAAAAGGUAUUUCCACAUGUAACACCAAAAGGAAUUAAUGGUAUAGACUUUAAAGGGGAGGCGAUAACUUUUAAAGCAACUACUGCUGGUAUCCUUGCUACACUCUCUCAUUGUAUUGAACUAAUGGUAAAACGUGAGGACAGCUGGCAAAAGAGACUGGAUAAGGAAAGUGAGAAGAGAAGAAGAGUAGAAGAAGAGUACAAAAAUGCCACGGCAGAGCUUAAGAAAAAAUCCCACUUUGGAGGACCAGAUUAUGAGGAGGGGCCCAACAGUUUUGAUUAAUGAGAAGAAUUCUUUGAUGCUGUUGAAGCUGCUCUUGACAGACAAGACAAAAUAGAAGAACAGUCACAGAGUGAAAAUGGUGUCAGGUUACAUGGCCUACCGCCAUGCUCUGGAGAUGCCUUUUCUUCUGUGGGGACUCAUAGGUUUGUCCAAAAGGUUGAAGAGAUGGUGCAGAACCACAUGACUUACUCAUUACAGGAUGUAGGCGGAGAUGCCAAUUGGCAGUUGGUUGUGGAAGAAGGAGAAAUGAAGGUAUAUAGAAGAGAAGUAGAAGAAAAUGGGAUUGUUCUAGAUCCUUUGAAAGCUACCCAUGCAGUUAAAGGCGUUACGGGCCAUGAAGUCUGCAAUUACUUCUGGAAUGUCGAUGUUCGCAAUGAUUGGGAAACAACUAUAGAAAACUUUCAUGUGGUGGAAACAUUAGCUGAUAAUGCAAUCAUCAUUUAUCAAACACACAAGAGAGUGUGGCCUGCUUCUCAGCGGGAUGUAUUAUAUCUCUCUGCCAUUCGAAAGAUACCAGCCAAGACUGAAAAUGAUCCAGAAACUUGGAUUGUUUGUAAUUUUUCUGUGGAUCACAACAGUGCUCCUCUAAACAAUCGAUGUGUCCGUGCCAAGAUAAAUGUUGCUAUGAUUUGUCAAACCUUGGUAAGCCCACCAGAGGGUAACCAGGAGAUUAGCAGGGACAACAUUCUAUGCAAGAUUACAUAUGUAGCUAAUGUGAACCCUGGAGGAUGGGCGCCAGCCUCAGUGUUAAGGGCAGUGGCAAAGCGAGAAUAUCCAAAGUUUCUAAAGCGUUUUACUUCUUACGUACAGGAAAAAACUACAGGAAAACCUAUCUUGUUCUAGUAUUAACAGUGACUGAAGCAAGGCUGUGUGACAUUCCAUGUUGGAGGAAAAAAAACAAAAUUGAAUGCUCUAAGCUGGAACAUAGGAUCUAUAGCCUUGUCUGUGGCCCAACACCUUGGCCUUGUAUACAAAAAUGAAAAAAUACUGCAAUAGCAAAGCUGAACAUAACACUAGCUGUCUCCUGCUAGAUCUCCUCGUGCAGCAUAUAACUAUAAAUACAUGUAAGAUUACAUGUAUAUGGCUAUAUUUUUAUUUGCUUGCUCCUAGAAGAGAAAAAAAAAUGAACUUUGAAUCAUAACUAGGAAUUGAUGCUUUAAUUUUUGGAAAAAUUUUCAGAAUUUUUAAUUUACUAUGGUUCAGCCUAAGAGCCUCAGUUGUAUCAGGUUUUGUGCACAAAAGAAAAGCACAAAAGUUGGACGCACAUGGGGCAUGUGCUUUCUGUGCACCAAAUAUCUGGAUGGGGUUCUUUUUUUAGGCCUACAGUCAACUCUGUGUCCAGAAUUUUUUGACUUUUUUGCUUUGUAUAAUCAUAGAAUUCAUUGCUGCUGAUUUCUAUAAUAAUUCAUGUUGUCAUGUAAAGUGUAUCUUAAUAACUGAGGGCUGUCAAUAACCUGUGAUUUCGCCUUUUCUAUAGUCUUACUCCCAUGAAGAACCUUGGUUCUGAUGGAGAAAGAGUGAAAAGCUUUAUUUUUUUUCUCCAGAUAUCUUUAUAUUUCUAUUGUAUUUUUAGUUGUGUGCUGUCUGCUGCAGAUUUAUUUCAGUCUGUUACAAACACAAUUUGGUAAUUUCCUAAAUUGGUUCUGCCUGCCUCCAAACAGAAACAUCUGUACAACAUAUAGGUAUAAACUACUUUCUGGUAAAACGGUCAGAAUAAAAUGAGCUCAAGUUUUCCUGAAAUUUGUGAGAGGAUAUACAGUAUUACUUGUUAAAGCAAAUCAAACUGAGUUUGACAUUUGAUUCAGUAUUUCUAGUAUUAAGUAACAUGUAUAUUUGUUAGUCCUUCUCAUUUGGGUCAAUUUAAAAGAUAUGUUGCAAGAUAGACAUAGAAAAUACGGGCAGUACUCCUGUUGGCCUCUUGAUCAGAAACUUCAGCAGAGCAGUAAAGAAGUCUAUGUGAUUCAAACUGAAAUUCUUCCCUUAGUUGUUGUAAGAACUUAAAUGUAAAAUAACCUUUUUGAGUUGUAGCCCUCUGAAAAGCCUUGAAGCAUGGAGUUGAGGCAGGGAAUGGUACUCACUGAAGUAGAAAUGACUGCCCACUUCAGAAUCUUCUUUGUGUUUAUACACAAAUGUGCAUACCUAAAUCAGAGGCAUUUUGUAAACGCUUUGCUGACUUGUUCUUCUAUGGAAACACAGAAACCGGACCCAUGUUGUAAAGCAGAGAGUCAUGUCACAUGGAACAUGUCCUGUAUAUAUUUCAUACACGGUAAUGGAAUCUUAAUGAUAAAAUGCAAGGUGAUAAUUUAAUGAUGGGAUUAGUCUGAUCACUUAAUAUACACAAUCCUGGAAGUGAAUUACUUGCAUCAGAUGUAGUGGUAUUUAUUAUUCUGUACAGAGAGAAAAAUACAUAUAAAACAUAUGCUUACAUUACAUGCACGCAGAUUUCAUGCUUCAUAAAUCUUUUCUAUUUUUUAAUUUACCUUUCUCUAAAUGAUGUGCAUGGAAUAUGCCUUAUUAUAGAAAAAUGCUGUUCAUAAUUUGACUACGUGGAAAAGUGCCUAUAUGGUGGUAAUGCUAGUUAAGGCAAAUAAGAAAAAUUAUCAUAUCAGUUUACUACAUCACCAGUUAACAUUUUAUAUUGUGAUGUUAAAAAAAAAGAAAAGUUUAUACCUCAAAUGUGUAUUUUAUUUUACAAUCAGUUGUGGGGUUGGAAUGGGAGGGUUGGGGAAGGGAAGGUUUAUUUACCAUAGCCACUAAUGGGAAACUUCAAAAAAAAAAAAAUCCUAUAUGCCCACUAUAGAUGUUUCUCUGUUUGCCAUUUGUGGUAACUAUCACGACUAAAUUGGAUAGCUUUAUUUUACAAAGGUAUGGCAAGUUUACAGAGUGGUGUCUAAAUCUACAUUAGUUGCAUUUGCACUAAAUGUUAAUAAUACUUUUGCAAUUUAUUCUGUAAAUAAAAUGAUUACACUAAAAAUAUUUGUAUUUAAAAAAGAAGAAAAAGAUACAUAUAACCUUCGGAUAUAAUCCUGCCCAACCAGAUUUAGGACUGAGUUAGGGAGUAUGAAAGGAGUUGAAACGAGAUCAAAAUUUGGAGAGGUACUAGCCCUUGACACAACAUUCAGACCCUUUAGAAUUAUUUCUGUAUGGCUGAUGCUAUGCUGAAUACACAUGAUGUUUUUCUAAACUAUAGUUAUUUCUCUUCCCCAUGCCCCCCCCCCAAAAAAAAUCAUUUUACUCGCUUUUCUACUCACUCUUUUGUACUCUGAUAGAAACAUGAAAAAUAUUGGUGAUGAGGGGUUUUGUCCCUGAGUGCCCACUGUACAGUUCAGGAAAGCACAGUGUUUCACUUGGAAUCAGAGCUCCUGGUUUUGAGGUGAAGAGUGAUCCUAGCAGCUCUUGAUUUGGGUUCGCCGUGGGGCAGCCAGACCAAGGAGGAGGACGACUGGGAGAGCUCUAAGACUGUAAAACAAGGAAGAGGAGGAAUGGGGUUCCCAUUUGUUCGGUGUCAUCCGCUAAUUUGUACUCCUACACAACAUCAGUGUCAAUGGCUAAUGAGAAAAUUUUAGUUGGGCUGAGCUGGUUCUCUUGUGAAAUUGUGCUGGUUAUCUUUAAGCUUAUCAGUUGUUUGUCCAGUUAAACACUUUCACCAGUAUUUGAUCCAAGUUGUACAGACGAUGUAUUUGGAUUGUCAUUGUUCAUCUGCAGACUCAAAACAUAAUCAUUUUAAAGUACCUUGGGAGUGUGUAGAGUGUAACUAUUCUAUAAUAGCUUUAUGAUCCUGAUGAUGUUUUUAAAAAGUAAUUAAGUUGGAUCUUCCAUGUUACAAUCACAAAAUUAAACCCAGUAUUUAAAAGUGGAAAAGUAUUAAAAUAUUAUGGACAAA